GCACCCAGGUGAAGGAAGGGCUGACCUGCUGUGGAACAAGGAUGAAGGUGGUGGUCUGGUGUUGUGGGUCAUGUUCUGCCGGGAUCUGAGUUGUUCUAUUUGGCUGGAGACCCCGUUGCUUUGCCCCCCCGGAGGGGCUCUUUUCCUGGAAAAGCCGGGAAAAGCCAGGCGGGAGGAGCGGGAACCAUGAACCAGCAGCUGGAUCCUCCGCGGCCAAUCAACUGGACCAUCAGGAAACUGUGCGCCGCAGCCUUCCUACCAUCCGUACGCCUGCUCAAGGCACAGAAAUCGUGGAUAGAAAGAGCAUUCAGCAAGAGAGAAUGUGUUCAUAUCAUAGUGAGCGCCAAAGACCCCCAUAGGUGCUUCUGCGGCCGUCUGAUUGGUCAGCACAUUGGCCUGCCCCCCGGCAUCUCCUCCAGUCAGAAUGAUAAGGCGGAGCGUCUGGUUAAGAAUGACAGCCUAUCGGAGAAAUGGUCUAUCAGCAAACACACCCAGCUCAGCCCCACCGACGCCUUUGGAACCAUCGAGUUCCAGGGAGGGGGCCACUCUAACAAAGCCAUGUAUGUGCGUGUGUCCUAUGACACCAAACCAGAACUCCUGCUGCACCUUAUGACUAAAGAGUGGCAGCUGGACCUUCCCAAGCUGCUCAUCUCAGUGCAUGGGGGCCUGCAGAACUUUGAGCUGCAGCCCAAACUCAAACAGGUCUUUGGCAAGGGCCUCAUCAAGGCUGCCAUGACAACGGGAGCCUGGAUCUUCACUGGCGGGGUCAACACAGGGGUGAUCCGGCAUGUGGGUGAUGCGCUGAAGGACCAUGCCUCUAAAUCCCGGGGGAAGAUCUGCACUAUCGGCAUUGCCCCCUGGGGCAUUGUGGAGAACCAGGAGGACCUGGUGGGAAAAGACGUGGUCCGACCGUAUCAGACCAUGUCCAACCCGCUGAGCAAGCUGACUGUGCUCAACAGCCUGCACUCCCAUUUCAUCCUGGCCGAUAAUGGGACAACAGGGAAGUACGGUGCAGAGGUCAGACUGCGUAGACAGCUCGAGAAACACAUCUCCUUGCAGAAAAUCAACACACGUAUUGGUCAGGGAGUGCCAGUGGUGGCUCUGAUAGUGGAGGGGGGUCCUAAUGUGAUCUCCAUCGUGUUAGAGUACCUAAGGGACACGCCACCUGUGCCCGUGGUGGUGUGUGAUGGGAGCGGGCGUGCUUCGGACAUCCUGGCAUUUGGACACAAGUACUCUGAGGAGGGAGGGAUCAUAAAUGAGUCUCUGAGGGACCAGUUGCUGGUGACCAUCCAGAAGACCUUCACGUACAGCCGGACCCAGGCCCAGCACCUCUUCAUCAUCCUCAUGGAAUGCAUGAAGAAGAAGGAGCUGAUAACCGUUUUUCGGAUGGGGUCUGAGGGACACCAGGACAUUGACCUGGCCAUUCUCACUGCUCUUCUAAAAGGUGCCAACGCAUCGGCUCCUGACCAGCUCAGCCUGGCCCUGGCGUGGAACCGAGUGGACAUUGCCCGCAGCCAGAUCUUCAUCUACGGACAGCAGUGGCCUGUGGGUUCUCUGGAGCAGUCUAUGUUGGAUGCCCUGGUGCUGGACAGAGUGGACUUCGUCAAGCUGCUGAUCGAGAACGGAGUGAGCAUGCAUCGCUUCCUCACCCUCUCCAGACUGGAGGAGCUCUACAACACGAGGCAUGGACCAUCCAACACACUACACCACCUGGUCAGAGACGUCAAAAAGGGUAACCUGCCACCAGACUACCGCAUUAGUCUCAUUGACAUCGGAUUGGUCAUUGAGUACUUGAUGGGCGGAGCUUACAGAUGCAACUACACCAGGAAGAGGUUUAGAACUCUGUAUCAUAACCUCUUUGGACCCAAAAGACCCAAAGCCCUGAAACUGCUGGGGAUGGAGGAUGACAUGCCGAUCCGGAGGAGUCGCCAGAAGACUACACGUAAGCGGGAGGAGGAGGUGGACAUUGACCUGGACGACCCUGAGAUCAACCAUUUCCCCUUCCCCUUCCACGAGCUGAUGGUGUGGGCCGUGCUGAUGAAGAGACAGAAGAUGGCACUGUUCUUCUGGCAGCACGGGGAGGAGGCCAUGGCCAAAGCCCUGGUGGCCUGUAAGCUGUGCAAGGCCAUGGCCCACGAGGCCUCUGAGAACGACAUGGUGGACGACAUCUCACAAGAGCUGAACCACAACUCCAGAGAGUUUGGACAGUUGGCUGUGGAGCUGCUGGACCAGUCAUACAAGCAGGACGAGCAGAUGGCCAUGAAGUUGCUGACCUAUGAGCUGAAGAACUGGAGUAAUGCCACCUGCCUGCAGCUGGCCGUGGCCGCCAAGCACCGUGACUUCAUCGCCCACACGUGCAGCCAGAUGCUGCUCACUGACAUGUGGAUGGGACGCCUGCGCAUGCGCAAGAACUCUGGGCUGAAGGUGAUCUUGGGCCUGCUGCUGCCUCCGUCCAUACUGAGUCUGGAGUUUAAGAACAAGGAUGAGAUGUCGUACAUGCCUCAAGACCAGGACACCUACCUGCAGGAGAAGGAGGAGGAAGAGCCCGAGCCCGCCAAAGAAAAGGAGGAAGAGGACAUGGAGUUCACAGCCAUGCUGGGUAAGGUAAGCACGGAGGCGUCUCGUAAGAAGGGUGUGGGGGAGGUCCAGAAUAGGCACCGGCUCAUCCCCAUGGGCCGGAAGAUCUACGAGUUCUACAACGCCCCCAUCGUCAAGUUCUGGUUUCACACAAUGGCCUAUGUGGCGUAUCUGAUGCUGUUUAACUAUAUUGUGCUGGUGAAGAUGGACCUGUGGCCCUCACCGCAGGAGUGGAUUGUCAUCGCUUACAUCUUCACCAAUGGCAUCGAGAAGAUGAGAGAGAUUCUGAUGUCGGAGCCGGGGAAGCUGUUGCAGAAGGUGAAGGUGUGGCUCCAGGAGUACUGGAACAUCACGGACCUCAUGGCCAUCCUCAUUUUCUCCGUGGGCAUGGUUCUCCGUCUCCAGGAGCCGCCAUUCAUGAGCUACGGAAGGGUCAUCUACUGCGUUAACAUUAUCUAUUGGUACAUCCGGCUGCUCGACAUCUUUGGCGUCAACAAGUACCUGGGCCCAUAUGUCAUGAUGAUCGGCAAGAUGAUGAUUGACAUGAUGUACUUUGUGAUAAUCAUGCUGGUGGUGUUGAUGAGUUUUGGGGUGGCUCGGCAGGCCAUCCUGAACCCCAAUGAGGACCCGUCCUGGAUGCUGGCUCGGAACAUAUUCUUCAUGCCCUACUGGAUGAUCUAUGGAGAGGUGUUCGCCGACCAGAUCGACCAUGUGCAUAGUAGGAAGCUAAAGCACAGGCUGAAUUCAAAACUCUGGAUGGUCGAAAAUCAAUUUCGAGCACAUGGAACCUGGCGUAAUAAUGCUCCCUGUGGCCAGAAUAUCACCGCGGACGACGGGCAUGUUGUGAUUCUGCCGCCAUGUAAGACGGGAGCUUGGAUCGUUCCUGCCAUCAUGGCCUGCUACUUGCUGGUGGCCAACAUCCUGCUGGUCAACCUACUCAUAGCUGUCUUCAACAACACCUUCUUUGAGGUGAAGUCCAUCUCCAACCAGGUGUGGAAGUUCCAGAGAUACCAGCUCAUCAUGACCUUCUACGAGCGGCCCAUCCUCCCCCCUCCCCUCAUCAUCUUCAGUCACAUGACCAUGGUCCUCAAGCACCUGUGCUGUCGCUGGCGGAAGCACGACGAUGAAGAGAGAGAUUAUGGCCUUAAGCUCUUCAUCACUGAAGACGAGCUGAAGAAAGUUCAUGACUUUGAGGAGCAGUGCAUUGAGGAGUACUUCCGUGAGAAAGAUGACCGCUUCAACUCUUCGAAUGACGAGAGGAUCCGAGUGACGUCAGAGAGAGUGGAGAAUAUGGCUAUGCGUCUGGAGGAGGUGAAUGAGAGAGAACAUUUCAUGAAGGCAUCUCUACAGACCGUGGACAUCCGUCUGGCCCAGAUGGAGGAGCUGAUUGGUCGGAUUGCUGUGGCUCUGGAGCGAGUCACGGGAGUGGAGCGGGGAGAGGUCAACAAGGCCCGCUCUCGCACCUCCUCCGACUGCACAGACUCAGCCUACGUGCUGCGUCAGGGUGAGUGCCCAGAUGCAGCAUACUUUUUGCGCCAGAGCAGCUUCAACAGCCAAGAGGGGAACUCCUACCGACUCAAUGAAGGUGCAGAGGGCUCCAUGUCGCCGCCCUCCCCCACCAGUCUGGCCAUGCGCACACGCAGCCACUCUUUCUACAUGGGGGGAGGUCGCGAUCGAGCCGGGGCAGACCGGGCUCACCGUUUCCUCAAGGAGCACUCCUUCAGCCUGCAACGAGCCAAUAGUUCACAGUCGGUGGCCAUGUGCUCUGCCCCCAAGGAGUCUAAGCCCCUCCCACUGGCCACGCUGUCCGUCUCCCAGCAGCACCGCCCCUCUUCCUGCGUCGACAUCUUUGUGUCGGCAUCCGAGGAGGAGGGGCCAGCCAAGGUCUUCUUCGACCCACUGAGGAUGGCCCCUCCCCUCCGGCCUGACUCCUCGCUCCACUCUGAGAUUAUGGAGGCGGUGCUGUCGAGCGGGAGGGACUAUGGUGGAGGCAGCGGGUUGGGCGACAGACACUCUGAGGGUGGGGCCGUGUUCGAGGACAGCGUGGCUGCAGACCUGUCACUAUGCUCCGCCAACCUGCUCCCAGAUAACACUGUGCCGCUCUGGGAACUGGACCCCUCUCCUCCACCAUCAGCGGGCCUGUUGGAGCGCUCCAAAAGCAGCCGCUACCUGUCCACUGGCGGCGGGGGCUACCUGGAAGAGCCUCAGCUGGUCAAGUCUCACAGCCUCAUGUUCACACCGCGAGGGUGCUAUGGAGGCCUAGGUGCAGGAGUUCAGGUCAAAGCGGCUGAGUACACCAGCAUCACCGACUGCAUAGACACCAGGUGUGUCUCUGCCCCUUACUCCACCGACGACUGUUGCCACUCCCCCGGAGGCUCUACCUCAUUCCCCUUUGACAAGCCCCCUGACAUGAGCUCCUCCCACCCAGAGCGCGAGGCCGAGCUCAGCCACACAGAGUCAGAACCUGAAGACCUAGAGGAAAUGGCCCCUGCCCCCGAGCCCCGUCGCACGGUGAGUGGCUUAGGAGGGGCGAGUGGAACCCCCUUCUGCUCGCCAUUCUCCAGGCUGGAACGAGCCAACAGCUGCUCCUCAGACGACUCCUCCCACCCAUCCUUGGCCCCUCCUCCCCACAGAAAAAGCAUGUCGGUCAGUGAGAGCAUGGAGAGGGGUGCAGACCGUGGGAUUCUGGGGGAACCCAGGAACCCCUUCCUGAGGAGCAAGUCUGGGGCGCGGCCUGACGCCAAGACAGACAGCCUCUCCAUGAGGAAGCUGACCACCCCCUCUGCGUUCCGCAGCUUCAACAGCAGACACAACUACACGUGACAAUUAUGAAGGGAACAACAAUGGGACAGGGCACAUUCUGUUAUACAGGACCAUAGGGCUGGCUCGGGGGAAAGCAAGGUCUAUGGGGAGGGAACCUACCAGUCUUAAACAAAGUGCUAUGAAGCUAGGGUAGUUCUGACCUCCUCCUCAAGCUGACUCUCAUUGCAUGUUUGGUAACGGAGGCUAUGUACCUUGUCUGUCUACCAUUUGUUUUGUCAAGUCAACACACUAAUGCAUCACAUGUCACAGAACACUAGUCUAGUCCACAUAGAAAGUAUAGAGAAAAACAUUUCUACUAAUAACAGGUUAGUCAGAGUCUUUAGAAAAUGAUCAACUUGGCCACCUGACAAUAUAUGACUGUAGGUCAGUAUUGCCAAAUUUCCUCAGGUUCUCCUUAUUUUCUCUUUGCCCUUAAACCGCCCAUACCCAUGGAUAUUUUGUGCUUCCACCACAGACAUAGCACCGCAUUCUACUGUAACUGCAUGCUACAACAGCAGCAUAAUUUGUAACCUAGUCUCCAGGGUAAUUGUACGUAUUGCAUAUAAGCCUGAAACGCCAACUACUCAAAUCUGGCCUAUGUGGUAUUAAAAAAUAGUCAUGGCUCCGAAUAAAAAAAACGUGUGGAGAGCUGAGGUGUUCGGAGAGAGGUGAUUGAUUAGAAAUAAAGCCAAUGGCUAUUGGUCGGGACUUUUUCCUGAUAAUUCUUGGAAGCUUGGAAGCUGUUGUUGGAAGCUUUGGAAGCUGAUGUUGGAAGCUUUGGUCCACCAGACCAUCUGAACAUUAGGGGGAAGGGUCAGGUGAACUAGAUUACAGCAGUAGUGACUGUAGUAGAACACACAUAGAGACCAGUCAGACGUUUUUUAUUUUUUAGUUUUUAUUGAACCUUUAUUUAACUAGGCAAGUCAGUUAAGAACAAAUUCUUAUUUACAAUGACAGCCUACUGGGCAACAGUGGUUUAACUGCCUUGUUCAGCGUCAGAACGGCAGCUUUUUACCUUGUCAGCUAGGGGAUUCAAUCCAGCAGACUUUCGGUUACUCUAACCACUAGGCUACCUGCCACCCCAAACUGGUGGUGCAGAUUGAAUUUCUGGAUAUAAUAGGGCUCUAUUAUGUAUAAUGUAUGUCCCUGAUUUAAAGUCCAUGCACACUGACAGUCAGGUAGCAUUGACCCAACAGAGUUCCAGGGCACUCAAAUAUAUUACCUCCAUGAACUCUGUAACAAGGAAGAUGGAAUAUUUAGUUAAAUGUAGACUCAUCGUAAGUGUCUAUCUAUUUACUUGCGUUGUCCAAUCCCCAGUCACGUGGGUUUAUUGUCACUGUGGCCUACAGUGUAGAGGAAUAAACACGCACACACACAUAAUCAUACAUGCACUCAAAGUGUAUGAAAUGGGUGAAGAAAAUCCAAAACAAUUCCACUAAUGUAACAGAUUGUUUGAUAGCACCAGCACCAUCCCAAUGUUAUAAGUAUUUCCCUUAGAUCGCCUUUUCUCAGUAAAAAAAACUCCGAACUGGACACAAGAGGGAGCUGUGACCCUAUUUAGAGAGUCCUUCAUCCUAAGCAGUAUGCCCACUAUGAAAUUGCAACACUUCAAAAUCAAAACGAUUAAAGUAGCCUUUUUAGCAUCCAAACACCAUUCCUUUCAUUUCUGUGGCAGCAGAAUUCUGUUGCUUGGGUCUGACAUCAGUCUCAAGUAGCCAGACAUUUUAAUCUCCUGUUCGGUAUGAAUAGUGAGCUUCAAGAUGAGAAGGCUGGAAAGCAAGACAGACACUAACAUUCAUACCGUCCUUCUGACCUUUUUUUGCAGUCAUUCGUGAUUUCUUCUAUUCAAAUUGAAGCACCAGACUGACCAAUGUAAUCACCUAGAAUGGUAAACUUAAACCGGCAGAGAAUUGUCUGCAAAAAUGUGUAGGACUACAGAAUACUGUAUGUAUGAGUAGGCUAGAAGAGAAUGGUUAGAUAACGGAAUUCCACAAGAUGGAGUUAUUUGAAACAUUUGCAAAAGAGUCAGCUCUAUGAAUCGUAUGCAUUUUAUGAGAGGUAGAGACACCUUUCAAGUUAAUAUAAAAAGGAAAUGGCAGAGAACCAGUGUUUUUUUAAAUCCCUUAACGCAUAAUAAUCUGACUGGUGUGGAAUGCCUGUUACCACGUGUUUGUAAAGAUGGAAUGAGAUGAGUAACAUUUACAUCACAGGUUCUCAAAAAAACAAGAUACGUUUGUGUUUUAUAUUUGAUCAGUAUUACAUCACUUUAAUUGAAUUACAUUGCAAUUGUUUUGAUUGCUUAUAUUGACCUAUUUCUUUGCUUACAAUGAAUAAUUGAAUGGCUGAUUGAAAUACGAACUGACUAUUUAUACCUUCUCAGUGCUUUUUUUGUCAAAUUUAAAGUAUUGAAUUAUUACAAGCUUUUAACAUGUAUAAAAAGUGUCACCUAUAAGCACUGAUGUAUUAUAUGGUUAAUUAAUAACUUAACUUAAUAUAUCAUGUGAUUAAUUACUAUAUUGUACAUUGCAAUCACAAGUAUUGAAUCAUUUGUUUAUAUUGUAUGUUCUUGAGCAGCUGUCAAAGAGAAAGAGAAAUAUAUUUUUGAAUGUUGGAUAUUUUAAAGCAAUACUCCUCUACAAGCAUUACCAAACUGAGGGUGCCUUUCAAGCAUGCGGUGGCUAUUUGAAAUUCACAGUAAUUAAAACAUUUACAAGAAAUCUGCACGUUGAUUUUGUUUGUAACUUUUCUCGUGAAUCUAGUUACACAAUUAGGACCCAUGGUAUUAUUUUCCUGAAUUUCUUAACUGUGGGGAUAAUGCAGUCCAAGUUGUCACAGUGUUUUGUCGUACACUGGAUAAAAACAUUGAUUUCAAUGUGCAAGACCUAGGAGAUAGACCUAGGAGACAGACCUAGGAGAUAGACCUAGGAGAUAGACCUAGGAGACAGACCUAGGA